AUAACCACCCACCUCUCUUCUUUUGACAUUUCUUUCUUUUUCUUUUUUUUUCUCUUUGCUCUUUCUUUCUUUCUACUGAAAAACAAGAAGAAAAAAAGAAAAGCAGGACAUGGGUAAUGCAGACAACGAUGGGUACCCUCCAAUGGAGAGUGUGGCGGAUCGGCGCAACCACGGGGUGGCGAUCCCGCCGCCCCAGCCGUUCUUCAAGUCCCUGAGGAACUCCCUCAAGGAGACUUUCUUCCCGGACGACCCGCUCCGGCAGUUCAAGGGGCAGCCGCGGUUGAGGCGGCUCGUGUUGGGGCUCCAGUACGUGCUGCCCAUCCUGGAGUGGGGGCCGCGGUACACCCUCGAGUUCCUGCGGGCCGACCUCGUGGCCGGCAUCACCAUUGCCAGCCUCGCCAUCCCCCAGGGCAUCAGCUACGCCAAGCUCGCCAACCUGCCCCCCAUUCUCGGCCUAUAUUCGAGCUUUGUGCCGCCGUUGGUGUACGCGAUGAUGGGGAGCUCAAGAGAUUUGGCGGUGGGGACGGUGGCGGUGGCGUCGCUGCUCACGGCUUCCAUGCUGGGGAAGGAAGUGAAAGCGUCCGAGAACCCGACGCUCUAUCUCCACCUCGCCUUCACUGCCACCUUCGUCGCCGGCGUCUUGCAAGCUUGCUUGGGCUUGUUGAGGCUAGGGUUUCUGGUGGACUUUCUAUCGCACGCAACGAUAGUGGGGUUCAUGGCCGGAGCGGCGACGGUGGUGUGCCUUCAACAGCUCAAGGGCAUUCUCGGCCUCGCCCGCUUCACCCACGAGACUGACGUCAUCUCCGUCUUGCGCUCCGUCUUCAGCCAGACUCACGAGUGGAGAUGGGAAAGUGGUGUCUUGGGGUGUUGUUUCCUUUUCUUCCUCCUGCUCACCAGAUACCUGAGCAAGAGGAGGCCCAAGUUCUUCUGGAUAUCAGCAAUGGCGCCGCUGACGACAGUGAUCCUGGGAAGUCUUCUGGUUUACCUAACCCACGCUGAAAAGCAUGGCGUUCCAGUGAUUGGUCCAUUGAAGAAGGGGCUGAACCCACCGUCCGGCACGGAUUUGGCUUUUGGGUCUCCUUAUCUGACCACAGCUAUCAAAACUGGCAUUGUCACAGGUGUCAUUGCCCUCGCUGAGGGAAUAGCAGUUGGACGAAGCUUCGCCAUGUUCAAGAAUUACCACAUUGAUGGGAACAAAGAGAUGAUUGCAUUCGGGAUGAUGAACAUUGCUGGCUCUUGCACUUCUUGCUAUCUCACCACCGGACCAUUUUCGCGAUCAGCGGUUAACUUCAAUGCGGGAUGCAAGACUGCAGUGUCAAACAUCGUCAUGGCGAUUGCCGUCAUGUUCACAUUGAUGUUCCUCACGCCUCUGUUCCACUACACACCCCUCGUGGUGCUGUCGUCCAUCAUAAUCGCUGCCAUGCUCGGCCUGAUAGACUACGAGGCUGCCAUCCACUUGUGGGCAGUCGAUAAAUUCGACUUCGUAGUUUGUAUCACUGCCUAUGUCGGCGUCGUAUUCGGCAGUGUCGAGAUCGGCUUAGUCUUAGCGGUAGCAGUAUCGUUGCUAAGGGUAUUACUCUUCGUUGCAAGGCCCAAAACAUUUGUUCUUGGAAGGAUUCCAAACUGCAAUGCCUACAGAAACAUCGAGCAGUACCCAAUUGCCAAAAAUGUGCCCGGAAUCCUCAUAUUGGAGAUUGAUGCUCCGAUUUACUUUGCUAACGCAGGCUACUUAAGAGAAAGGAUCUCGAGGUGGAUUGACGAAGAAGAAGACCGGUUGAAAGAUUCGGGAGAGGACAAUCUGCAAUAUGUUAUCCUAGACAUGGGAGCGGUAGGUGGAAUUGAUACCAGCGGUAUAAGCAUGCUUGAAGAGAUCAAGAAAGCCGUCGAAAGAAGAGAUCUCAAGCUGGUGUUGGCGAAUCCGGGAAGCGACGUGAUGAAGAAGCUAAGCAAGUCCAAGUUCGUCGAGAACUUAGGCCAAGAAUGGUUCUUCUUAACCGUCGAACAAGCGGUCGGGGCUUGCAACUUCAUGCUUCACAAAUGCAAAGUAGAUACGAAGAAAGAUGAAUCUGAUGAGAAGUGGAACAAUGUCUGAAGAUGAACUAUGCCACAAGCUACGCAGUUUUUGCAGACAUUACUGUCCUUGGCAACCAUUGCAGGAGAGUCAUAGUAUUUUGUAUAGGCUCUCAAUAGGGACAUGUGACCGCUCAACUCGGCCAGUGAUCUGUCUCUCCAGGUCUUUUAUCUUUUAUCAGCAAGGAAGGGGGCAAAACAAUGUUGAUGAGGGUGACCAAACAUCUCAUCUCAUGUGCUUAUCAGCCUCUUUUGAUUGCAUUGUAAAUUGAGAUAAGAUCAAAUGCAUUAUGUAUAGAAUGGACAUGGAGGAAAUUAAAUGAUACCGACCUCUGCAGACUUAA